CCUGCAAACAGCAUGUCGGCCCGGUUUCAAAGGGGGGGUGGGUGGGAAGAGGGGGAUCCCCUUUCCCCCUCUCCUCUUCUCUUAACCCGAAUCCUUUCCUUUUAUGGAGAUUGCAUUAUGAGUGGUGGCGUGUGUUGGUGAUACCUACUAUGCAUAUGCGGUUCAUUCACUUGAUCCUGUUUUUCUUCCCUUUGUUCAUUGUGGAGUUAAGGGCCGAAUUAGGGCAGGAGGGCGGGGAGCUGAGUACGAGGGGCUUUACGAUGAUAAUCUUGGUCCAUCCUGGCGGAGAGAUAAGAGGGGAUCAGGCAAAGAGGCAGGCCAGCUCCGACCUGCUUGCUCUCGCCCGCCCCCCCCCCCCUGUCUUUCCUUCUGCCAUGGGAUGGACCAACUGUCCUUCUGGACAGGCACAGACGAAGGGAUGGGGGCUCCGCCUGGGGCAACUUACUGAUGAUGGAUGGUGGUUGGCAAAUCGGAGGCGUUUGUGGUCUCGGAUGGUGUGAUCAGGUUGCUUAUCGUUCUUCAGUUUCGUUCCUUGGGCUUUGCGCAUGUGUCUUUUUCGGCGUUGGUCUUGGUCUUCCAAACGCGUAUUCUGUCCCGCCUCUGUUGGAAUACACCGGUCUUGUACAACCUCAUCUAGACCUCAGAUGUAAAACCUGCCAGGCUUGUUGGUGGGGGGGAAAUCCAAAAAAAAAAAGCAGACGUGUGAGUAGCCCGCUUCUUUCAUCCAUUAUUGCAUGUCUACCUAUACUACGUAAUGCCCAUG